CGUGUGCUGACAGCAGAGGGAACGAAGGGUCCAGCGUGUGAGCGGAGCCGGCUCUUCAAACAGCCAUGGCUGAAGGGACUGAAGGGGAAGAUGAAAUUCAAUUCCUCCGAACUGAUGAUGAAGUUGUACUUCAGUCUACUGCCACCAUCCAAAAGGAACAACGUAAAUUUUGCCUUUCAGCUGAGGGAUUUGGUAGUCGUUUGUGCUUUCUUGAGCCCACUUCAGAAGCUAAGUAUGUCCCUCCUGAUCUCUCCAUCUGUGUUUUUGUGCUGGAGCAGUCACUGUCAGUCAGAGCUUUGCAGGAGAUGUUGACCAGUACAACUGAAAAGAGCAAUGACGGUGGCUCUGUCAAAAGAAGUUGCAUCAGUGCCAAGAAGACAAAUUCUCUGAGGAGGUUUAUGAAGAAGGCAGCUCAGGGAGGUGGCCACAGAACCCUUCUUUAUGGUCAUGCCAUUCUUCUCCGGCAUGCAUACAGUGGAAUGUAUUUGACUUGCUUGACUACAUCAAGAUCUUCAACGGACAAACUUGCUUUUGACGUUGGGCUGCAAGAAGAUUCAACAGGUGAGGCAUGUUGGUGGACUAUACACCCUGCCUCCAAACAAAGAUCUGAAGGAGAGAAGGUACGAAUUGGUGAUGACCUUAUCUUGGUCAGUGUUUCAUCAGAGCGCUAUCUGCACCUUUCUAUUUCCAAUGGCAGUAUACAGGCAGAUGCAUCCUUCAUCCAGACACUAUGGAAUGUACACCCCAUAAGCUCAGGAAGUGGUGUUGCAGAAGGUUUUCUAAUUGGUGGACAUGUUCUGCGCCUUUUUCAUGGUCACGAUGAGUGUCUGACUAUCCCUUUUACAGACCAGAAAGAUGAGGGGGACUAUGUAACAGUUAACUAUGAAAGUGGAGAAGCAGGGACCUAUGCUAGGUCACUAUGGCGUGUGGAACCUCUUCGGAUAAGUUGGAGUGGCAGUCAUAUUAAGUGGGGCCAGUCUUUCCGCCUACGACACCUCACAUCAGGUCUGUACCUGGCGUUAGUUGAAGAUCAGGGUCUAGUGCUGCUGGAUCAAACUAAAUCAGACAUUAAAGCAACAUCAUUCUGUUUAAGAACAUCUAAGGAAAAAUUAGAUUCUCACCCGAAGCGAGACACGGAAGGAAUGGGCGUCCCUGAAAUUAAGUAUGGUGAUUCGAUUUGUAUUAUUCAACACGUUGCUAGUGGCCUUUGGCUGACUUAUAGGGCUCCAGAAGCCAAAUCAGCCCGUUUGGGACCUUUGAAACGGAAGGCCAUAUUACAUCAAGAAGGACACAUGGAUGAUGGCAUCAUUUUGCAACGUUGUCAAAGUGAGGAAUCUCGGGCAGCUCGUAUUAUACGCCAAACGACCAACUUAUUUAAUCAGUUUAUCAGGGGUCUUGAUUGUCUUGGUAAAAGUACAGCAGUCAAAUUGCCUAUUCAAGAAGUUAUGGAAGCUUUGGUGGACCUGAUCACUUACUUCCAUCCUCCAGAGGAAGAUUUGAGACAUGAAGAUAAGCAAUACAAGCUACGCUCUCUUAGGAACAGGCAGAACUUAUUCAAAGAAGAGGCAAUGCUGAGAUUGGUCCUGAAUUGCAUUGACCGGCUAAAUAUCUACCACAGUGCGGCACACUUUGCAGAAUUCACUGGUGAAGAAGCUGGAGCAGCAUGGAAAGAUAUCCUGAAUUUGCUUUAUGAGCUGCUGGCUGCAUUAAUACGGGGAAACCGUAGCAAUUGUGCCAAGUUUUCGAAAAACUUGGACUGGUUGGUCAGUAAAUUAGACAGACUGGAAUCUUCUUCAGGUAUCCUGGAGGUAUUGCAUUGUAUCUUGAUUGAAAGUCCCGAGGCGCUCAAUGUGAUCAAAGAAGGGCACAUCAAAUCUAUCAUUUCAUUACUCGAUAAACAUGGACGAAACCACAAGGUAUUGAACCUGCUGUCAUCCCUUUGUGUAUGCAAUGGUGUUGCUAUACGAGCUAAUCAAAACCUGAUCUGUGACAAUCUACUACCUCGUCGUGAUUUACUUCUGCAAACCCGUUUAGUUAACAAUGUAACAAGCAUAAGACCGAACAUUUUCUUGGGAACCAGUGAAGGAUCAGCUCAGUACAAGAAAUGGUAUUAUGAGCUGGUUGUUGAUCAGGUCAAUCACUUUUUGACUGCUGAUCCUAUUCACUUGCGUGUUGGAUGGGCAUCUGCAAAGGGCUAUGCUCCCUACCCAGGAGGUGGGGAAGGAUGGGGAGGCAAUGGAGUGGGAGAUGAUCUGUAUUCCUAUGGAUUUGAUGGACUUCAUUUGUGGUCAGGUCGAGUGGCCAGAGCUGUAACAUCAGCGAAUCAGCAUAUACUGAAUUCUGAUGAUGUAGUUAGCUGUUGCCUGGAUUUGGGUGUUCCUAGUAUAUCUUUCCGCAUUAAUGGACAACCAGUGCAAGGGAUGUUUGAGAGCUUCAACACUGAUGGCCUAUUCUUCCCCGUGGUCAGUUUUUCUGCAGGAGCCAAAGUACGAUUUUUGAUUGGUGGUCACCAUGGAGAUUUUAGGUUCUUGCCUCCCCCAGGAUAUGCACCUUGCUAUGAAGCAUUACUGCCAAAGGAGAAGUUGAGAUUGGAGCCAAUCAAAGAAUACAAGAGAGAUUAUAAUGGUGUUCGAGAUCUCCUUGGGACAACAAUCUAUCUUUCCCAGGCCUCCUUCAUCCCCAAGCCUGUAGAUACCAGCCAGAUUGUUUUACCUUCACAUCUUGAGAAAGUACAGAGUAAACUGGCUGAAAAUAUUCAUGAACUUUGGGCAAUGAACAAAAUUGAGCUUGGCUGGACAUAUGGGAAGGUACGAGAUGACAACAAGAGACAGCACCCUUGUCUGGUGAAUUUCGACAAACUACCAGAACAAGAGAGAAAUUACAAUUUACAAAUGUCCCUUGAAACUUUAAAGACCUUACUGGCUUUUGGCUGUCAUGUGGUUCACAUUAAGCCAAAAGCUGAAGAAGAUUUACAAAGAUUGAAACUUCCCAAAAACUACAUGAUGUCAAAUGGCUAUAAGCCCGCUCCGCUGGACCUUUCGGAUAUCAAGCUGCUCACUGCUCAAGAUGUUCUGGUUGAUAAAUUGGCAGAAAAUGCACACAACGUCUGGGCAAAAGACAGAAUCAAACAAGGAUGGACCUAUGGCAUCCAACAGGAUAUCAAGAAUAAAAGGAACCCUCGAUUGGUGCCAUAUAGCCUCCUUGAUGAACGAACCAAAAAGUCAAACAGAGAUAGUUUACGUGAAGCAAUUCGCACUUUAGUUGGCUAUGGUUACAAUAUUGAACCAUCUGACCAGGAAACUGCUGGUGAAACUGUGGAAAAAGUUAGCAUCGACAAGAUUCGUUUCUUCCGAGUUGAGGAGACCUAUGCAGUCAAGAGUGGAAAGUGGUACUUUGAGUUUGAGGCAGUGACAGCAGGAGAAAUGCGUGUUGGCUGGGCAAGGCCAUCAUGUAGACCUGACCUAGAACUCGGAGCUGACAGUAAUGCCUUUGUAUUUAAUGGCUAUAAGGCUCAGUGUUGGCACCAAGGUGCAGCUUACUUUGGCCGCACCUGGCAGCCUGGUGAUGUAGUUGGCUGCAUGAUUGAUCUGCAUGAUAAAUCAAUGAUAUUUACUCUGAAUGGAGAACUGCUCAUUACUAAUAGUGGCUCAGAACUCGUAUUUACAGAUUUCCAUAUUGAAGAUGGUUUCAUCCCAAUCUGUUGUCUGGGCCUGUCUCAGAUAGGUCGCAUGAAUUUUGGAAAGGAUGCCACCACUUUCAAGUACUAUACAAUGUGUGGUUUACAAGAAGGUUAUGAACCUUUUGCAGUAAACAUGAAUCGUGAUGUAGCCAUGUGGUUCAGUAAGCGAUUACCUCAGUUUGUCCCCAUGCCGAGAGAUCACAACCACAUUGAGGUAACAAGGAUUGAUGGGACUGUUGACAGUCCACCCUGUUUAAAAGUCACUCACAAAACCUUUGGCACUCAAAACUGCAUUACUGAGAUGACAUACUACCGUUUGAGCGUGCCUGUCGAGUUCCACGCAGCAUAUAAACACGAAGGCAUUCCACAAAUAGCUUAUGAUGAUGGACUUCAAAAUGCGGAAACAGUAUCAGGAAAACCUAAACUAAGGAGUGCAAAGCUCAGUCGUGAUUUUCACGGAGGUAGAGAUGGCCAAGAGGUUGUUAGAAAAUCAACAAUGUAUUGUUAUGCAGUGAGAAUAUUUGCAGGACAAGAUCCAUCUCUCGUGUGGAUUGGUUGGGUAACUCCUGAUUACCAUUACUACGGAAAAUCAUUUGAUAUGAAUAAAAAUCGGACAGUCACUGUUACCUUGGGCGAUGAAAAAGGCAGAGUACAUGAAAGUGUCAAGCGAUGUAAUUGUUUCAUGAUUUGGGGAGGAGAUAUUGUCGGCAGCUCAAAGGGAAGAAACAGCAGUGGUACUGACCUUGAAAUUGGAUGUUUCAUUGAUCUAGCAACAGGCCGGUUAACAUUCACAGCAAAUGGAAAGGACCUUAGUACUCACUACCAGAUUGAACCAAGUACAAAGUUAUUCCCAGCUGUUUUCAUGCAGGCGACAAGUUCAAAUAUGUUUCAGUUUGAACUCGGAAAAUCAAAGAACGCCAUGCCUUUGUCUGCUGCUAUAUUUAAAAGCGAAGAAAAAAAUCCUAUUCCACAAUGUCCUCCUCGACUUGAUGUUCAGAUGAUUACUCCUGUUCAGUGGAGUAGAAUGCCUAAUGACUUCCUCAAUGUUGAAACAGCGCGAAUUAGCGAUCACCAUGGCUGGGUAGUGCAGUGCCUUGAACCAUUGCAGAUGAUGGCAUUGCAUAUUCCAGAAGAGAAUAGGUGUAUAGAUAUUUUGGAACUAGCUGAAAAUCAAGAGCUCAUGAAGUUUCAUUACCACACGCUCAAACUGUACUGUGCCCUCUGUGCUGUGGGUAAUAAUCGUGUUGCACAUGCACUUUGCAGUCACGUUGAUCAAUCUCAACUUCUGUUUACAAUUGAGAACAAAUAUCUGCCAGGACUUCUACGUGGUGGAUUCUAUGAUCUCCUCUUGAGUAUGCACCUAGAAUCAGCAAAAGAAGCCAGAUUAAUUAUGAACAAUGAAUUCAUAAUCCCUGUAACUGAUGAAACGAGGAGCAUAACAUUGUUUCCAGAUAAAAGUCGGACCUAUGGACAUCCUGGAGUUGGGCUCAGUACUUGCUUAAGACCCCGAUUAAAUUUCUCAAUGCCAUGUUUCAUCACCACCAGUGAGAAUAAGCAACAAUAUAGUCCAAAGCUACCAUUUGAAAUUCUGAAGGUGAAAGCAAUUGAAAUGCUCACUGAAGCUGUCACAGGUGGUGGACCACACAUUAGAGAUCCAGUUGGGGGCAGUGUUAAGUUUCAACUUGUUCCCAUCCUCAAGUUGGUUAAAACCAUGCUGAUCACUGGCAUGUUUGAUGAUAACGAUGUCCGAAAGAUCCUGGUUCUGAUUGACUCUGAUUUGUUUGGUGAACACCAAGAAAAGACAGUAGAAGAGAACAAAACAGAAAAGGAAGUGGCCACCAGAAACGAAGAAAAGGCUGUAGAGGCAGGUGAAGAAACAACACCAGCAGCUCAGUUGUGUUUAAAGGGAUUACUGGAAAAGAGCUUACCAGAAUCUGUGAAACUUCAGAUGUGUGAACUACUGCACUACUUCUGUGAUUGUGAACUUCGACAUCGAGUUGAGGCUAUUGUUUCUUUCGCAGACAAGUUUGUUGCAAGGCUACAGAGGAACCAAAAGUUUCGCUAUGAUGAACUAAUGCUAGCUUUCAACAUGUCUGCGGCCUUAACUGCCAAGAAGACUAAAGAGUUCCGUUCACCUCCUCAGGAGCAGAUUAACAUGUUGCUGAACUUUAGGAAUGAUGAUGCUUCCACUUGCCCAGAAGAUAUGCGUGAAGAAUUAUGUGACUUCCAUGAUGACCUUCAAACACAUUGCGGCAUUCCAUACGAAGAAGUGGAGGAAGAAGAUAAAGAUGAAUCUCUGAUGGGCAAGUUACUUUACCUAGUGCAUAAAAUCAAAGGAAAGCCAAAGAAAGUCGAAGAAACUCCAAGUGAGGAGGAAGAGAAAGUCCCUACCAAUUUGACACAACUUAUCUCUCAGACUAUAGUGCAUUGGUCUCAAGAAUCAUACCUUCAAGAUCCAGAGCUGAUUAAAACCAUGUUUAGCCUUUUGCGGCGACAAUACGAUGCAAUUGGUGAGCUGCUGCAAGCUAUGCGGAAAGCGUAUACUAUCAGUGCAGCCUCUGUCCAGGAAACAGUCAGUCUGCUGGUUUCCCUUGGGCGCAUUCGAUCUCUCCUCAGCGUGAGAAUGGGGAAGGAGGAAGAAAUGCUUAUGAUACGUGGAUUAGGGGAUAUCAUGAACAACAAAGUGUUCUAUCAACACCCAAAUUUAAUGAGAGUGCUAGGCAUGCAUGAAACAGUCAUGGACGUCAUGGUGAAUGUGCUCGGAGGAAAUAAAUCACAGGAGAUUGCUUUCCCUGAAAUGGUGGCUAGCUGCUGUCGAUUCCUCUGCUACUUCUGUCGUAUUAGCCGCCAGAACCAGAAGGCCAUGUUUGACCAUCUCAGUUACUUGCUGGAAAAUAGCAGCGUUGGACUGGCAUCACCCAGCAUGCGAGGUUCUACUCCUUUGGAUGUGGCAGCUGCCUCCGUUAUGGAUAACAAUGAGCUUGCUCUGGACUUGCAGGAACCUGAUUUGGAUAAGGUUGUGACUUACCUGGCUGGCUGUGGCUUACAAAGUUGUCCCAUGUUAGUGGCUAAGGGUUAUCCUGAUAUUGGUUGGAAUCCUAUUGAAGGGGAACGCUAUCUGCUUUUCUUACGAUUUGCAGUGUUUGUCAAUGGUGAAAGUGUUGAAGAAAAUGCAAGUGUUGUGGUGAAGUUGUUGAUUCGUCGUCCAGAGUGCUUUGGUCCUGCUCUGAGGGGUGAAGGAGGACAUGGUUUGUUAGCUGCAAUGAAAGAGGCGAUUGAAAUCUCAGAAGAUCCAUGCCGUGACCUCCCUCCAGCUGAAGCUAAGGAGGCUGGUAGUCAAGAGGAGGAUGAAGAAGUUGUGCACGUGGGUUAUUCUAUCAUGACCUUCUAUUCUGCUCUGAUUGAUCUUCUUGGCCGAUGUGCUCCAGAAAUGCAUCUAAUCCAAGCAGGUAAAGGUGAAGCUAUUCGAAUCCGAGCAAUACUCCGUUCCCUGGUGCCAACUCAGGAUCUGGUGGGCAUUAUUAGUAUUCCACUGAAAUUGCCAGUUGUUAACCAAGAUGGAACUAUUUCUGAGCCAUCUAUGUCUGCAAGUUUCUGCCCUGACCACAAGGCACCCAUGGUAUUGUUUCUGGAUCGUGUUUAUGGUAUUGAAGACCAAAGUUUCCUGCUUCAUUUGCUGGAAGUUGGAUUUUUACCUGAUUUAAGAGCAUCUGCCUCCCUUGAAUCAGCUGCUUUGAGCACAUCGGAGACAGCUCUCGCCCUUAAUAGAUACAUCUGUUCAGCAGUCCUUCCUCUUCUCACCAGAUGUGCACCUCUAUUUGCUGGAACUGAGCACUUUGCCUCUGUGAUAGACUCCACCCUGCACACAAUUUACAGACUAUCAAAAGGACCUGGCCUUACCAAAGCCCAGAGGGAGUCAAUUGAAGAAUGUUUGUUGUCUAUCUGCCGGCACCUUCAACCUUCGAUGUUGCAACCACUUCUGCGUCGCUUUGUUUUUGAUGUUCCCAUUCUCAAUGAAUACAGUAAAAUGCCUUUGAAGCUUCUAGCCAGUCACUAUGAGCAAUGUUGGAAGUACUAUUGCUUGGCAUCAGGAUGGGGCAGUUAUGGAUGUGCAUCUGAAGAAGAAUUGCAUCUCACUAAAAAGUUGUUCUGGGGAAUUUUUGAUUCACUCUCUACAAAGAAAUACAACCCUGAACUCUUUAAAAUUGCCUUGCCAUGCCUGAGUGCUAUUGGAGGAGCUCUGUCACCUGAUUAUGUGGAUUCCAGCUUUUCUGAUGUGUUGGAAAGACAGAAUUCAGUGGAUGAAGAAGGCAACUUUGACCCAAAACCAAUCAACACUUCUAAUAUAUCAAUUCCAGAGAAGUUGGAGUAUAUUGUCAACAAGUAUGCAGAACAUCUACAUGAGAAGUGGGCUUUUGAAAAGAUACAAAAUGGGUGGACGUAUAGUGAUUCAAUCAAUGAAAAUAUGAAGACUCAUCCAUUACUGAGACCGUACAAAACUUUAACAGAAAGGGAAAAAGAAUUUUAUCGCUGGCCAGCCAAGGAAUCUUUUCGAGUUAUGCUGGCUUUGAAUUGGAACAUUGAAAGAACAAAAGAAAGCGAAGCCAUGAUCCAGCACCUGGAAAGUGAGAAGUUGCGCAAAGUUUCUCAGAAUUCAGGAGGAUACACCCCUGUUCCUGUUGACUUGUCUAAUACUUUGCUGUCCAGAGAGAAUCAGGUAAUGACUGAGCUUAUGGCAGAAAAUUAUUAUAAUGUUUGGGCCAAGAAGAGAAAAGCUGAAUUAGAAAGUAAAGGUGGUGGCAGUCAAACUUCACUUAUGCCUUAUGACACUUUGACUGCCAAGGAGAAAGCUCGAGAUCGUGAUAAGGCUCAUGAACUCUUCAAGUUCCUUCAAGUGAAUGGCUAUGCAGUGUCCAGAGGCCUAAAGGAUAUGGAGUUGGAUUCCUCCUCUUUUGAGAAGCGAUUUGCUUAUAAAUUCUUAGUAAGGGUACUACAAUGUGUCGACUCGGCUCAAGAGUUUAUUGCACAUUUAGAGGCCAUUGUCAGCAGUGGUAAAGUAGAUAAAUCUCCUCAUGAGCAGGAGAUAAAGUUUUUUGCCAAGAUUCUGCUCCCUUCUAUUGAUGAAUAUUUUAAGAAUCACUGUAUGUACUUCUUAUCUUCUCCAACCAAGAGUCUGAGUGGCAGUGGAUAUGCAUCUAACAAGGAAAAGGAAAUGAUAGUAAGUAUUUUCUGCAAACUUGCCGCUCUCGUCAGACAUAGAAUCUCUCUCUUCGGCAGUGACUCUGGUACAAUGGUAAACUGUUUACACAUCCUGGCACGGACAAUGGACCUAAGAACUGUUAUGAAGUCUGGAUCAGAGUUGGUGAAAGCUGGCCUCCGAUCUUUCUUUGAAAAUGCAGCAGAAGAUCUGGAAAAAACACUAGAAAAUCUGAAACUCGGAAAGUUCACGCAUUCGCGAUCUCAACUCAAGGGAGUUACCCAGAACAUCAAUUACACAACCGUCGCUCUGUUACCUGUGCUGACGUCAAUCUUUGACCACAUUAGUCAACAUCAAUUUGGAGUCGAUAUUAUCUUGGAUGAUGUUCAAGUGUCAUGUUAUCGAAUCCUAUGCAGCUUGUAUGCCUUGGGAACUGGGAAGAAUGUCUAUGUUGAAAGACAGCGGCCAGUUCUUGGGGAGUGUCUUGCUACACUUGCAGCAGCCAUGCCUGUAGCUUUUCUGGAACCUUCCAUCAACAUACACAAUGCACAGUCGGUUUUCAAUACAAAAACACCUCGAGAACGAAUCAUUCUAGGCUUACCAGAUACAGUGGAAGAAGUAUGCCCAGAGAUGCCUCAACUAGAGGCGCUAAUAAAGGAUAUCACUGAUAUGGCAGAAUCUGGAGCUAGAUAUACCGAAAUACCUCAUAUUAUUGAAGUUAUUUUGCCCAUGUCAUGUAAUUAUCUGUCGUACUGGUGGGAAAGAGGGCCAGAGAACAAACCCACUGGCAAUUGCUGUACUGUAGUCACUUCUGAACAUCUUAGUGUGACCUUGGGCAACAUCCUGAAAAUUUUGAACAAUAAUCUGGGCAUUGAUGAUGCUUCCUGGAUGAAGAGACUUGCAGUGUAUGCUCAGCCAAUCAUAAGCAAAGCUAAACCUGAAUUGCUGAAAAACCAAUUCAUACCAACCCUGGAGAAACUAAAGAAGAAAGUAAUAAAGGUUGUCUUGGAGGAAGAACAGAUGAAAGCAGAAGUCAAGUCAGAUACCCGAGAAACUGAGUUACUAAUUCUGGAUGAGUUUGCUGUUCUCUGCCGCGAUCUCUAUUCUUUCUAUCCAAUUUUGAUUCGCUACGUGGAUUACAACAGGCCAAAGUGGAUGAAGGAACCAGAUGCAGAUGCUGAUGAACUGUUCCAUAUGGUGGCUGAGAUAUUCAUCUAUUGGUGCAAAUCACAUAAUUUCAAGCGAGAGGAACAAAACUUUGUGGUUCAAAAUGAAAUUAACAACAUGGCUUUCCUGAUUGCAGAUAAUAAGAGCAAGAUGUCCAAGGCUGAAGGGCAAGGCCAGGAAAGGAAAAAAAUAAAACGCAGAGGUGACUACUACUCAAUACGGACGUCCCUGAUUGUGGCUGCUUUUAAAAAACUGCUUCCGAUCGGUUUAAAUAUGUGCACUGCAGGAGACCAAGAAUUAAUCUCAUUGGCCAAACAGAGAUACAGUCUGAAAGACACAGAUGAAGAAGUUAAAGAAUUCCUUGUAAAUAACAAGCAUUUACAGGAUAAGUCUGAUGACCCAGCACUUAAGUGGCAACUUAACCUAUAUAAAGAUAUUACCAAGCCAGAAGAGAGGAUGGAUCCUCAGAAAAUUGUUGAGCGUCUGCAAAAGAUUUCAGCUGCUAUAUUCCAUUUGGAACAGGUGGAGCAACCAUUACGGUCAAAGAAAACAGGGUGGCACAAGUUGUUGUCCAAGCAACGUAAAAGAGCAGUUGUUGCCUGCUUCAGGAUGGCACCACUGUAUAACCUGCCAAGGCAUCGUGCUGUUAACCUCUUCCUUCAGAGUUAUCAGAAAUCAUGGAUAGAGACAGAGGAGUACACAUUUGAGGAGAAACUAAUUGAGGAUUUAGCUAAAUCUCCUAAAAUAUCAGAAGAAGAGGAAGAAGUAUCUGACAAGAAACCAGAUCCACUUCAUCAGCUUAUACUUCACUUCAGCCGCAGUGCCCUCACUGAACGAAGUGCUAUUGAAGAUGACCCUUUGUACCUCGCAUAUGCAGACAUGAUGGCAAAGAGCUGCCAAGUUGCUGAGGAAGAGGAGGAAGACGAAGAAAAAGAAAAAUCCUUUGAAGAAAAGGAAAUGGAGAAACAGAUGACGCUUUAUCAACAGGCAAGGCUUCACCAGCGAGCAGCAGCUGAAAUGGUUUUGCAAGUGAUUAGUGCCAGUAAAGGUGUAUUAGGCAAGAUGGUGACAACAACUUUAAAGCUUGGUAUUGCUAUUCUGAAUGGUGGUAAUGCAGAUGUCCAACGGAUAAUGUUGGACUAUUUGAAGGAGAAGAAAGAAAGUGGUUUUUUCAGAAGUCUGUCUGGAUUAAUGCGCUUUUGCAGCGUCCUUGACUUGAAUGCUUUUGAGAGGCAAAACAAAGCAGAAGGUUUGGGAAUGGUGACUGAAGAUGGAACACUUAUUGUUCGUGAAUAUGGUGACAAAGUAUUACAAAAUGAUGAAUUUACUCGGGAUUUGUUUCGGUUUUUGCAACUGUUAUGUGAGGGACAUAACGAUGAUUUCCAGAAUUAUUUGAGAACUCAAAUAGGAAACACGACAACAGUGAAUAUCAUUAUCAGCACUGUUGACUACCUGCUACGCCUUCAGGAGUCAAUCAGUGAUUUCUAUUGGUAUUACUCAGGAAAAGAUGUCAUGGACGGACAAGGCCAGCGCAAUUUCUCAAAAGCAUUAGCUGUAGCCAAACAAAUCUUCAACUCACUUACUGAGUAUAUUCAGGGCCCUUGCAUUGGUAACCAGCAGAGUCUAGCUCACAGCAGGCUCUGGGAUGCAGUGGUUGGGUUCCUUCAUGUCUUUGCUAAUAUGCAAAUGAAGCUUUCUCAGGAUUCCAGCCAGAUUGAAUUGCUGAAACAAUUGUUGGAUCUCCAGAAGGAUAUGGUGGUGAUGCUGUUGUCACUGCUAGAAGGUAAUGUCGUAAAUGGAACGAUAGGCAAACAAAUGGUGGAUACGCUGGUUGAGUCUUCCAGCAAUGUGGAAAUGAUUCUGAAAUUCUUUGAUAUGUUUCUGAAAUUAAAAGAGAUAACCAAUUCUGAUACUUUCAAAGUCUAUGACCCAGAUGGUAAAGGAAUAAUGUCCAAAAAGGAAUUUCAGAAGGCUUUAGAGAGUCAGAAGAAAUACACACAACCUGAAAUAGAAUUUCUACUGUCUUGUGUUGAAGCCGAUGAAAAUGAUAUGUUUAACUACAUAGAGUUUAUUGAUCGAUUCCAUGAACCAGCCAAGGACAUUGGUUUUAACGUAGUUGUAUUACUGACUAACUUAUCUGAACAUAUGCCGAAUGACAGCCGCCUGGCGACCCUUUUACAACCAGCACAAAGUGUGCUCACAUAUUUUGAACCCUAUUUAGGGCGCAUUGAGAUUAUGGGUGCUGCAAAGCGCAUAGAAAGGGUCUACUUUGAAAUCAGUGAAUCGAGUAGAACGCAAUGGGAGAAACCUCAAGUCAAAGAAUCCAAAAGGCAGUUUAUCUUCGAUGUUGUGAAUGAAGGAGGGGAAUCAGAAAAAAUGGAACUCUUUGUGAAUUUUUGUGAGGACACCAUAUUUGAAAUGCAACUAGCAUCUGAAAUCUCUGAGCCUGAUUCAGCUGAGCGAGCCGAUGAUGAAGAAGAUGAACCUAAGCCAACUGAAGAGGAGAGCGAUGAAGAGGUUCUUGAAUCCUCCAGUGCUUUUGCAGCAGCUUAUCAUGAUUUCAAAACCAGAUUGUUUAAGUUUUUCUGCAUUUUUACAUUUAAAAAUAUCAGAAGGCACUACAAAAAAAUUAAGCGAUUGACAACCAUGGAGUUACUAAUGGCAUUUUUCUUCUUUUUCUGGAUGUUGUUGACUAGCCUUGUGUUCUUUGUUUUUAAUGUAGUCCAAGGACUUUUCCAGAUUGUAUGGAGUGCUAUGUUUGGUGGUGGCUUGGUUGAAGGUGCCAAAAACAUCACUGUUACAGAUCUUUUAGCAAGUAUGCCUGAUCCAACACAACUUGGAAUUCACGGAGAUGUGGCAGAGUCAGAAAGAGCUGAAAUUCCUGAGGCAAGUGUUACUACAGAGCUUGAGACUGUAGUUCAAGGUGAGAAAAAUGAAGCAGACAUGAUGCCAGAUGCAUUUGGUAUAGGUACAAAAAAAGGAGGCAAAACAGCGAGCGAUCUGUAUGGAGGACUUGGUGAUGUCUCAGAAAUCAUAGGAGCAGACAGCUCUCCUAGUAUUGAGAAAGCAUUGCGGCAACAGAAGAAAGCACAGAUUGAACAAAAGAGUAAAGCUGAGAAUAAAGCAGAGGCUGAGAAGGCUGACACAGAGGAUGGUGAGAAGAAGGACAAAGCUAAAGAGGAACAGCCAGCUGAAAGUGAGGGAAAAGAACAAAAGGAAAGGAAGCAACGCCGUGGACAGAAAAAGAAGCAGCCUGAGGCAUUCUUGGCAAAUUUCUGGGAGGGACUGGAAAUUUAUCAAACCAAGAUUCUGAAUUAUUUAGCCAGGAAUUUCUACAACCUGAGAUUGUUGGCUCUAUUUGUGGCAUUUGCUAUCAAUUUCAUUCUGCUCUUCUACAAGGUGACUGAGCCUCCAGAAGAUGAUGAGGAGGGAGAUUUUAGUUUCUGGAAUGAUGAUAAUGUAGAUUACUACGUGUUACAGGAGACUACUGGAUACAUGGCCCCAACACUAACACUCCUUGCCAUUAUUCAUACCAUCAUCUCAAUGCUUUGCAUCAUAGGGUACUACAUAUUGAAGGUUCCCCUUGUGGUCUUCAAACGUGAAAAGGAGAUUGCCCGGAAGCUGGAGUUUGAUGGUCUGUACAUCACCGAGCAGCCGUCUGACGAUGACAUUAAAGGACAAUGGGAUCGUCUCGUCAUCAACACACCAUCCUUCCCUAACAAUUAUUGGGACAAGUUUGUUAAAAGAAAGGUUAUUAACAAAUAUGGCGAUCUUUAUGGGGUUGAACGUAUUGCUGAGCUCUUGGGCGUGGACAGAAGUGCGUUAGAUUUUAGUCCCAUCAAAAAGCCCCCAGAGCAAGAAGCAACACUAAUAUCGUGGUUGAGUUCUAUUGAUAUAAAGUAUCACAUCUGGAAGCUUGGAGUUGUCUUCACUGACAAUUCAUUCUUGUACCUGGCGUGGUACACCUCCAUGUCCAUUUUGGGUCACUUCAACAACUUCUUCUUUGCUGCUCACUUAUUGGAUAUUGCUAUGGGAUUUAAAACACUCCGUACCAUAUUAUCAUCUGUAACUCACAAUGGCAAGCAGCUUGUGCUGACUGUUGGCCUCCUGGCUGUCGUGGUGUACCUGUACACAGUGGUUGCUUUCAAUUUCUUCCGCAAAUUCUACAACAAGAGUGAGGAUGAAGAUGAACCAGACAUGAAAUGCGAUGAUAUGAUGACGUGCUACUUGUUUCAUAUGUAUGUGGGUGUCAGAGCUGGAGGUGGCAUUGGAGAUGAAAUUGAAGAUCCUGCUGGAGAUCCUUUUGAAAUGUAUCGAAUUAUCUUUGACAUCACAUUCUUCUUCUUUGUUAUUGUCAUCCUACUAGCCAUUAUUCAGGGUUUGAUUAUUGAUGCUUUUGGUGAGCUGAGAGACCAACAGGAGCAAGUGCGAGAAGACAUGGAGACCAAAUGCUUUAUUUGUGGAAUCGGCAACGAUUACUUUGACACUAUACCACAUGGUUUUGAGAUACACACUUUACAAGAACACAACCUUGCAAACUACUUGUUCUUCAUGAUGUACCUCAUAAACAAAGAUGAGACUGAACACACUGGUCAGGAAUCUUUUGUGUGGAAGAUGUACCAGGAACGCUGCUGGGACUUUUUCCCUGCUGGAGACUGUUUCCGCAAACAGUAUGAGGAUCAGCUUGGAUAAAUGGAAACAUUUCUUGAAUUUAUUUACUGACUGAUCACAUAAAGGUUUACUUGAAUAUAUGAAUGGAAAAUGAAGUAAGCAGGUACUUAUUGUUGAGGCAAAAUGAGAAUAAAUGUGAAAGGUAUUAAAAAUACAACUGUCUUAAAAUGCAGUGAUAUUCACCAUUAAGCACUGAAAGUGCAACACUUAUCAGAAUUGGAAGUGUUAUAACCAGACUUUAAAUAAACCUUUGCUGUGACUUUGGUUAACUGAACAAACAGACCAACAAGUAUAACAAGGGUUAAAACUGUAAGAAAAUAUGCAGAAAAAAGUGCCUUACCUAUAAGCCAAAGCUAUGCAACAAUGUGAAUGUUCUGUUUUUUAGUUUAUGCUCGUCAGAAAAGCUACCUUAGAAUUUAUUCUCCUGUUCACAAUGUCAAGUCUUAUCGUGUGCUGUAUGACCUUAAGCUUGUUCUCAUUCUGCUUACACAGCAGCAGCUGAGCUGAUAAUUUACAAAGUUGUUACUGGAUAAGACAUGUAAUUCUGUAAUUCUGUAACACUUAAUAUUAUAUGUGCAUUGGCUGUCUGUACACUUUUCCUUAAAACUUCAAUUUCAAAUCAUUUGGCACGAGUGAAUUGGUCAGUGCUGACCGUUUGCAAUGUGAUGCACAGUUGUGAAAUAAAACAAAUUAAAUUCAAUAAUAUAUCCUUUUACAGGAUUACCUCUUUUUAACUGAUUACCAACAGCACUUCUGCUUUCAUUGGUUGGGAUGAAAAUGUUUGGCCCUGAGUGCAGACUCAAGGUUGUUGAAAAUGGAUUAUAUAAAAAAGAUUUUCAAAGUAAACAAAAUUCUUAAAA